AUGCGUUUGAGAUGCGGUGGCGUGGUGUUUGCCCUCUCAUGGAGAACCGGGACGCUUGUGGAGGGAAGACUUGGUCUUCCAAAGUUCAUCCUACUUGGGGCGUUCCGCGCGAAAGUUUGGAGUUUAGGGGCGGCCAAGGAAGAGGUUUUUAGGUUGCAGCGGGACCAGGAGAAAGCCAAAGAUGUCGAUGCGAUGGUGGCCGAUUUGAAGCUGGACAAACUCGCGCUUGAGGGAAAGAUCGCGGCGUUGAACAAGGAGAUAAUGAAAACUAUCGGUCUUCAGGAUAGGGCGGAUAAGCUAAGGGCUCAGGUGGGCGAUCUGGAGGAGAAGGCUCGUCGGGAUGCAGAGGCUUCUGCUGCUGAGAUGGAGCGUCUCCGACGGUCUCGUCGAGAUCGGUCGAGGCGGCUGUGA